UAUGUCCUUAAUUUGCUAAAUCCAAAUCCACUUGUACGAGAUGUGUAAACUGAUUGGCUUCAAAUUUUGCAAUUCUAUAGAGAACAACCCGCGUUUCAGGAAUUCUCUCUUCUCUUUCGGACGUAAGUCAGCAGCCGGAUUUCGCCAGAUGCACCGGCGACCGCCCAGCUCAGACGUACCGUUCGGAACUCUUCCACAGAUCCUUCACUAGCUGCAUAGAUCCAAACUCUUCCCCGUUCGACGUUCACAAAGCCGGUAUCUGUGCUCUUGCCGUACACGUUCCGUGUUAUUUUUUCAAGCUGCACUGACUAUUUUUUCCAACCUGCUAAUCAAGCAAUUUUAGUACGUAAAUUCAACCUCAAAACCCUUUCUCCAGUGAGGAAACGAGCAAUCAUCCAAAGGAAGAAGAUGGCUGUCAACGAAUCUCAAAUUUGGGGCUAUUAGAGUAGUGUGAACACGUGACUUGGCAAUGCCAAUGAACCUCAAUCAUUUAUGCCCGUGCGUAUCUGUAUCUUCCCAAGUUCACCAUUGACCCUCAACUGGAGAUUCAUGCAAAAGCCUGAUAACUUGGUGAUGAGGAUUUCAAAAAAGUAAAUAUGGAGAGCCAGAUUCAAAGGUCCAUUUCUUUACGGUUAAAUCGCAGAGGAGAACGGAGUAGCCAAAACUUAAAUGCUAAAGACGCUGAAGGUGGUUUCUUUUCUCCUGAGAGGUUGCCCCAAGAUUAUACGAUGAAGAUCAUUUGGAAGAGGGGCUUCAUUCGUUUGGUUUUUGUAGCAGGCAUCCUGUGGAUGUUGCUCAUUCUUGUUGUAUCACUAUUUCAUCUUUGGUCUUGUCAAUCUUCAGUAGCUUUCUUUUCAGCUUUCUGCAACAGAGAAGGCAAGCUAUUUAUGGUGCUUGACACAAUGGGGUUUUUACCAAAACCACAACACCGUUGUCCAAUUCCUGUCAAAAAUGACCCCGAGAGAGUAAAUGUUCCAAACAGUAGAACUCCUGAUACUGUUGUAAAAAAUCUUUCCUACAUUAUAGAGGAUGAAUUUGUGAAUAAUGGAUCUGAGUCUCCAGUUUUUGGGGGACGUCAAAGCUGGUUAGAAAGACAAGAAAGUUUCAAACUGAAUUUUACCAUGAAGGUUCACUGUGGAUUCAUGCAAGGUGGCGGUGCUGACAUGAUAUCUGUAGAUAUUAAAUAUGUUAAGAAGUGUAGGUUUGUAGUUGCUUCUGGGAUUUUCGAUGGAUAUGAUGUACCUCAUCAGCCUUCAAAUGUAAGCCACCGAUCUAAGAAGCUCUUCUGUUUUCUUAUGGUGGUGGAUGAGGUCUCUCUCGAUUUCAUAAAGAAAAAUGUUACUAUCAGGGAGGACGAUCAAGGGGGACAAUGGGUUGGCAUAUGGCGACUCAUUCUACUGAAGCAUCCACCUUAUGAUGAGCCCAGAAGAAAUGGGAAGGUUCCUAAAAUUUUAACCCACAGGUUGUUCCCUGAAACACAGUACAGCAUUUGGAUUGAUGGCAAAAUGGAACUGAUAGUUGAUCCAUUGUUAAUCUUGGAAAGAUAUUUAUGGCGUGAAAAGAACACAUUUGCCAUUGCCCAACAUAAGCACCAUCACAGUAUAUAUGAGGAGGCCGAUGCCAACAAGCGAAGGAAGCGAUAUGCUCGACCUCUUAUUGAUCUUCACAUGAAAAUAUACCGUUAUGAGGGAAUGGAACCAUGGAGUUUGAAGAAAAGUACCCCCAGUGAUGUGCCGGAGGGAGCGGUAAUCAUAAGAGAGCAUACUGCACUGAAUAACUUGUUUAGUUGCUUGUGGUUCAAUGAGGUCCAUCUGUUCACACCAAGAGAUCAGCUGAGUUUUGGCUAUGUUGUGUACAGGUUAGGACCUGCAUUUAAGUUCUAUAUGUUUCCAAAUUGUGAGUACAACUCACUGUUUACAUUGCACCCCCAUACUCGAGAGCAUUCCUCCAAAGUUGAGUGGGUGAAGAACCUUAAUGAGUUGGAGGGAAAAGGUAGCAACAUGAAAGAGAGCAAGGGCGGGUUUGGUUUGUGGACUCCUUAUCCUGGAAAUCUUGAUUCAGUUGUCCUUCCCCCAGUUGCAAGAACUUCAAAAGCAGGCUGAAGUUUUGAACUCAACACAUUUGAUAGGUUUUUUUUUUUUGAAUGUAACCUUUCAACAUUGUUUGAUCAAUUUAUUUUAUUAAUUUAUGUCUGCUUCAUUUAAAGAGUAGGCACACCCAGAAACUAUAUGUAUAAUAGUUAAAAGAUGUUUAAAAAUAUGACUGGUAUAAUCUUUACCUGGCUA